AUGUAUAAAUUCUCAGCUCCUACUUCACCAACCUUGUCAGCAAGGACUGUAAAUUCCAUAGCUCAUUCGGCACGAACGACUGAGCCAGCCCCAGAACCAACAAUUAUACUUUCUCGUAAUGACAUACGUGCCUCGUUUGAAGCUUAUGAACAAUUAUUAAGCUCUGCAAAAAUAUAUCGCAACCAAAUGAUAGCGCUCGCACAGGCUGCUGCUGGUUUUGGCCAGUCAUUGGAAAGGUUAGCUCGUUGCAAAGGAGCAUUCGACGCUGGUCCUGCUUUACAAGCUGCGGCUGGUUUGCACUAUUUAAUGUCAAAUCAUCAGCAACUUCUGAGUGAUGCGUUUUACAAAAAAUUUGAGAUUCCCUUGUUAGAAAAUCUUGAUGUUCACAAAGCAACAAUUCUUGCAAACGAAGAGUGUUAUGAUAAGUCAUUGGCGGAAAUGAGUAAACGUAUCAAAGAAACUGAAGCGGAGAACUUACGUUCUGGUCGUAAACGUCAAAGAGAUCUUUCUCAAUUUCGUAGGGCCCUUCAAGACUUGACCAGACAAGUAGAAGAAUUAGAUAGAUUGAAAACGGACUAUUACAGACAAACCUUGGAUACAGAGCAAAAUAACCUUAAUUAUAUCCUUUCUAAAGUUUCAACAGUAAUUAGGGCUGAAGUGGAUAUUUAUGAAAGAAUUUCCAGUAAGGGUAUUGCUGAUCCAAUAUUGGAAGGGAUGAUAAAGCAAGGACCUGAUCCUUUUUGUGCAUACCCGAAUGCAGAAGAAUCUUCUGAGAUAUUCACUGCUCUCCCUCCAAUUCCAAUUAUUAAUCCAAUUCCUGAAGCUAUUAGUGCAACCGCGUCAUUAGUAACAGAUAAGUCUGUAGAAGAUAAUUAUAGUAAAGGCGAUCGACAACUAUUAACAAAAAAAGUGAAUGAUCAAAAUGAUUUAAACAAUGAUGACGAAAUAUCUCGUGACGGAUCCUUGCGUAAUGAAAACCUUCACAGUGAAGAGAAUGAUCAAUUUGACGACACUCCUUCAAUAGGUCAUCAUUUCGAUCCUUCUCUCAACUCCACUUUUCGUAUUUCAGAUGAUGCCGAAAUAUUACAUGAUAAAGAGUUUACUUAUAAAGCUGAAGAUUGCGGAUCUGAAGGUGGUUUCGUAAACAAUUAUCCUAAACAUGAAAACACGAAUGAUACUCAAAAAUUGGAAUUUUCACGGACGGAUGAUGAAUCUACAAUAUCAAAUACUAAUUCGGCAUAG